AUGUGGGGAAGGGUCUCAGGUGUCCCUCUCGUGUCGCGGUUCCCGCCGCUGACGUGUCCGCACGUCUGUCCCCAGGCGUGUCCGUCUGUCCCCAGCCCAGAUAUUGUCACUGUCACCGCCGGCGCCGGCCCCACUUGGGGACGGGACGUGGCCGCGGCCAUGGGGGGGACGCGAGGGACGGUGCUGGUGGCCCUGAGCUGCGCCAUCGCAGCCGCCCUGGUGGGGACAACCAGAGCCCAGGGGAGCUCCAGGGAGCUCCUGAACAUCACAGAGACCACCACGACCUCCUCGGAGACCACCAUGGACAUCACAGAGACCACCACGAUCUCCUCGGAGACCACCAUGGACAUCAAUGGGACCACCACGACCUCCUCGGAGACCACCACGGACAUCAAUGGGACCACCACGACCACCUCGGAGACCACCUCCACCAUCUCGGUGACCACCACGACCACCCCAGAGGCCACCACCACCUCCUCAGGGUCCUCCAUGACCAUCUCAGGGACACCCACAACCACACCAGUGACCACCACGACGACCUCAGGAACCAUCCCGACCACCACAGAGGUGACACCAACCACCUCAGGGAGCUCCACAACCGUCCCAGAGACCUCCACGACCACCUCGGCGUCUCCCACAACCACCUCAGAGACCUCCACGUCCAUCCCGGGGCCCACCCUGUCCACCUCAGGAAGCUCCACGACCACCCCAGUGACCACCGUGAUCUCAGUGACCACCACCACCACCCCUAAGACCACCUCGACCAGCUCAGGGACCUCUCCAACCUCCUCAGGGACCUCCACGACCAACACAGAAAUCUCCACCACCACCCCAAGGUCCUCCACGACCAGCACAGAGACCUCCACCGCCCCAGUGACCACCACGAGCACCCCAGAGGUGACACCAACCAACACAGAGACCUCCACGACCAUCACAGGGCCCACCAUGCCCACCACAGGGACCACCUCAAGGACCUCCACCGCUGCACCAGAGACCAUCACAACCUCCUCAGUGACCACCACGACUUCAGUGACCACUCCCAAGGCCACCACGACCACCCCAGGGACCACCACGACCUCAGUGACCACACCAGAGACCAUCUCGACCACCACAGGGACCACCUCGACCACAUCAGGGCCCACCCCAAGCACCUCAGAGACCUCCACGACCACCACAGGGACCUCCACGACCACCUCAGGCACCACAACAGUGACCACCGUGCCCACCACAGGGACCUCCACGACCAGCACAGAAGUCUCCACGACCACCCCAGUGACCACCCCGACCUCCUCAGAGACCUCCACCACCACCCCAGGGACCACCACGACCUCAGUGACCACUCCUAAGGCCACCACGACCACCUCAGGAUCGUCCACGACCACCCCUGAGACCAUCUCGACCACCACAGGGACCACCCUGACCAUCACAGGGUCCUCCACGACCACCCCAGUGACCUCCACCACCACCCCAAGGUCCUCCACGACCAGCACAGAGACCUCCACGACUUCAGUGACCACCACGACCACCCCUACGACCACCCUGACCACCACAGGGACCUCCACGACCACCCCAGAGGCCACUCCAUCCACCUCAGAGAGCUCCACAACCACCUCACGGACCACCACCACCUCCUCAGGGUUCUCCACGACCACCUCGGGGAGCUCCACGACCAACACGGAGACCCUCACAACCGCCUGGGGGUCUCCCACAACCACCUCAUGGACCACCACGACCACCACAGGGCCCACCCUGUCCACCUCAGGAAGCUCCACGACCAGCACAGCGAUCUCCACGACCGCACCAGUGACCACCGUGAUCUCAGUGACCACCACCACCACCCCUAAGACCACCUCGACCAGCUCGGGGACCUCUCCAACCUCCUCAGGGACCUCCACGAGCACCUCAGGGCCCACCACGACCAGCACAGAGACCCCCAUGAGCACCUCAUGGACCACCCUGACCUCCUCAGGGACCUCCACGACCCCAGGGAGCUCCACGACCACCCCGGUGAGCAGCCCAACCACCUCAUGGACCACCUCAACCUCCUCAGGGACCUCCACGGCCACCUCAGGGACCGUGAGCACCACCCCAGAGACUUCCACGACCAUCGCAGAGCCAACCACGACCACCACGGGGACCUCCACGACCUCAGGGACCUCCACGACCACCCCAGGGAGCUCCACGACCACAGCAGGGACGCCCACGACCACCCCAGUGACCACCACGACCUCCUCAUGGACCACCCCAACAUCCUCAGGGACCUCCACGACCCCAGGGAGCUCCACGACCACCCCGGUGAGCAGCCCAACCACCCCAUGGACCACCCCGACCACAUCAGGAACCGCCACGAGCACCAGAGAGACCCCCACAACCACCACAGGGACCAUCCCGAGCACCGCAGAGACCUCCACGACCUCACCAGUGACCACCACAACCACCCUGGUGACCACCAGGACCAGCACAGAGACCCCCAUGAGCACCUCAUGGGCCACCACGACCUCCUCAGGGACCUCCACGGCCACCUCAGGGACCGCGAGCACCACCCCGGAGACUUCCACGACCAUCGCACACCCAACCACGACCACCACGGGGACCUCCACGACCACCUCAGAGUCCACCACAACCUCCUCAGGCACCUCCACGACCUCAGAGACCACCCCAACCACCCCAUGGACCACCACGACCUCCUCAGCAUCCACCACGACCACCUCAGGGACCACCCCGACCGUCCCAGAGACCACCCCAACCUCCUCAGGGUCCACCACGACCACCCCAGGGACCUCCACAGCCUCACCAGUGACCUCCACCACAGCCACGACCACCGAAGCGACCGCCGUGACCACCCCAUGGACCACCACGACCUCCUCAGGUUCUGCCACCACCACCACAGGGACCACCCCGACCAUCUCAGGGUCUUCAACAGCCACCUCAUGGACCUCCACCACCACCUCAGGGACCACCACCACCUCCUCAGGCCCAACCACGACCACCCCAGGGACCAGCCCAACCACCUCAGUGUCCUCCACAACCUCCUCAGGCUCCACCGUGACCACGUCUGGGACCUCAACGACCUCAGGGACCACCACAGCCACCCCUGGGACCACCCCAACCUCCUCAGGGACCACCCCGACCAUCACAGGAACCACCCCGACCAUCACUGGGACCUCCACGACCAUCACAGGGACCACCCCGACCACCUCAGGGACCACCACGACCAGCACAGGGACCACCGCGACCACUCCAGAAGCCACUCCACCCACCACAGGGACCUCCCUGAGCACCUCAGGUGCUGCCACAACCCCUCCUGAGACCACCCCAGCCACCACAGUGACCACCACGACCACACCAGAGAUGCCCACGACCUCCUCAAGGUCCACCACGACCUCCUCAGGGUCCACCACGACCACACCAGAGAUGCCCACGAUCUCCUCAGGGUCCACCACGACCAUCACAGGGACCAUCCCAAGCACCACAGAGACCUCCACGACCACCUCAGGAACCACCCUGCCCACCACGGAGACCUCCAUGACCUCAGUGACGUCCACCACCUCCUCGGGCUCCACCUCAACCACCUCAGGGACCUCCACCACCACACCAGAGACCCCCACGACCACCUCGGGGACACCCACGGCCAUCCCAGUGACCACCACGACCUUGGGGACCACCACGAUCGCAGCAGAGACCACCACGACCACCACAGGGACCUCCACAACCAUGCCAGGGACCACCAUGGCCACCUCAUGGACCACCAUGGCCACCUCAUGGACCACCACCGCCUCCUCAGGCUCCACCACGACCACCUCAGGGACCUCCACAACCACCCCAGAGACGCCCACAGCCACCACAGGGACCUCCACCACCUCAGGCACCACCACGAUGCCAUCGGUGUCCACCACAACCACCCCAGAAACCUCCAGGACCACCUCAGGCUCCACCACGACCACAUCUGGGACCUCAACGACCUCAUGGACCAGCACAGAGCCCACCACGACCCCAGUGAUGUCCACCACCACCUCCUCGGGCUCCACCACGACCACCCCAGGGACUUCCACGACCUUCCCAGAGGCCACCACGACCUCAGUGACGUCCACCACCUCCUCGGGCUCCACCGCGACCACGUCUGGGACCUCAACGACCUCAGGGACCACCACAGCCACCCCUGAGACCGCCCCAACCACCCCAGGGACCACCACGACCACCUCAGGGUCCAUCACGACCUCCUCAGGCACCUCCACGACCUCAGAGAUCUCCACGACCACCCCAUGGACCUCCACGACCUCCGCAGUGACUUCCACAACCUCAUGGACCACCCUGACCACCACAGAGACCACCCCGAGCACCCCAGAGACCCCCACGGCCACCCCAGGAACCACCCCAAGCACCCUGGUGACCACCAGGACAACCUCCGGGUCCACCACGACCAUCCCAGGGACCAGCCCAACCACCUCAGGGUCUUCAACAACCACCUCAUGGACCUCCACAACCACCCCAGGCUCCACCACCACCUCCUCAGAGCCCGCCAUGACCUCAGUGACGUCCACCACCCCCUCGGGCUCCACCUCGACCACCUCAGGGACCUCCACGACCACACCAGAGACCCCCACGACCACCUCAGGGACCUCCAUGACCAUGCCAGGGACCACCACCACCUCCUCAGGCUCCACCACGACCACGUCAGGGACCUCCCCAACCUCAUCAGGGUCCACCACAACCACAUCCGGGACCUCAACGACCUCAUGGACCACCAUGGCCACCCCUGAGACCGCCCCAACCAUCCCAGGGACCUCCACCACCACCUUGGAGACCACCUCAACCACCUCAGGGUCUACCACGACCUCAGGGACCACCCCAACCACCCCAUGGACCUCCACGACCUCCUCAGCGUCCACCACGACCACCUCAGGGACCACCCCGACCGUCCCAGAGACCACCACGACCACACCCGUGACCACCACAACCUCCCCAGAGACCCCCACAACCUCAGGGUCCACCACAACCACCUCAGGCUCCACCGCGACCACGUCUGGGACCUCAACAACCUCAGGGACCACCACGAUGACUUCAGUGUCCACCACGACCACCCCAGGGCCUUCCACGACCUUCCCAGAGCCCACCACGACCUCAGGGACCACCACGACCAUCUCAGGGUCUUCCACGACCACACCAGAGACCUCCACAACCACGUCAGGGACCUCCACAACUUCAGGGACCAGCACGACCUCAGUGACAUCCACCACCUUCUCAGGCUCCACCACGACCACCCCAGGGAGCAGCCCAAGCACCCCAUGGUCCACCUCGACCACAUCAGGAACCACCACGAGCACCUCGGAGUCCACCACAGGCACACCGGUGACCACCACGACCUCCUCAGGGUCCUCCACCGCCUCAGAGACCUCCACGACCAACACAGAGGUGACACCAACCUCCUCAGAGACCUCCACAGCCGCCCCAGUGACCACCACGACCUCCUCAGGGUCCACCACGAUGACAUCAGUGUCCACCACGACCACCUCAGGGACUUCCACGACCUCAGGGACCACCCCAACCACCCCAUGGACCUCCACAACCAGCCCAGAGACCACCACAACCUCAGGGUCCACCACGACCACCCCAGGGACCUCCACAGCCUCACCAGUGACCUCCACCACAGCCACGACCACCCCAGCGACCGCCGUGACCACCCCAUGGACCACCACGACCUCCUCAGGUUCUGCCACCACCACCACAGGGACCACCCCGACCAUCUCAGGGUCUUCAACAGCCACCUCAUGGACCUCCACCACCACCUCAGGGACCACCACCACCUCCUCAGGCUCCACCGUGACCACGUCUGGGACCUCAACGACCUCAGGGACCACCACAGCCACCCCUGAGACCACCCCAACCUCCUCAGGGUCCUCCACGACCACCCCAGAGACCACCACGAUGACAUCAGUGUCCACCCCAACCAUCCCAGGGACCUCCACAACCACCUUGGGGUCCUCCACAACUUCAGGGACCACCAUGACCAUUCCUACAACCACCCCAAGCACCUCAUGGACCUCCACGACCACCCCAGGAACCACCCCAACCACACCAGUGACCACCAGGACAACCUCAGGGUCCUCCAUGACCUCAAUGACCUCCACGACCACCCCAGGGGCCACCACCACCACCGCCCCAUGGACCACCAUGACCACCUCAGGCACCUCCACGACCACCCCUGAGACCUCCACGACCUCCUCAGGGACCACCGUGACCUCCUCAGGGACCACCACCCCACCACCAGUGACCACCACGACCUCAAGGCCCACCACAACCUCCCCAUGGACCACCACGAGCACCUCAGGGACCUCCACGACCACCCCUGAGACCUCCACGACCUCAGUGACGUCCACCACCCCCUCAGGCUCCACCCCAAGCACCUCAGGGACCUCCACCACCACCUCAGAGUCCAUCACGACCACCUCGGGGACACCCACGGCCACCACAGGGACCUCCACGACCUCAGUGACCACCACGAGCUCCUCAGGCUCCACCACGGCCAUCCCAGGGACCUCCACAGCCACCUUGGAGACCACCCCAACCACCUCAGGGUCUACCACGACCAUCCCAGGGACCUCCACAACCACCUCGGGGACCUCCACAACUUCAGGGACCACCACGACCACACCAGAGACCUCCACAACCACGUCAGGGACCUCCACAACCAGCCCAGCGACCACCACGACCACCUCAGAGCCCACCAGGACCUCAGUGAUGUCCACCACCUUCUCGGGCUCCACCACGACCACCCCAUGGUCCACCUCGACCACAUCAGGAACCACCACGAGCACCUCGGAGUCCACCACAGGCACACCGGUGACCACCACGACCUCCUCAGGGUCCUCCACCGCCUCAGAGACCUCCACGACCACCCCAGGGACCACCACGACCUCAGGGACCACCCCAACCAUCUCAGGGUCUUCCACCACCACCUCAGGAACCACCACGACCUCAGUGACGUCCACCACGACCACGUCUGGGACCUCAACAACCACAUCAGGGUCCACCACGACCACCUCAGGGACCACAAUGAUCCCAGAGACGCCCACAGCCACCACAGGGACCUCCACGGCCACCUCAGGCUCCACCACGAUGCCAUCGGUGUCCACCACAACCACCCCAGAAACCUCCAGGACCACCUCAGGGACCACCACGACCACAUCUGGGACCUCAACGACCUCAUGGACCACCACAGAGCCCACCACGACCCCAGUGACCACCACCACCUCCUCGGGCUCCACCACGACCACCCCAGGGACACCCACGACCACCCCGGUGACCACCAGGACAACCUCAGGGUCCUCCACGACCUCAGCGGCCUCCACGACCACCCCAGGGACCACCUCAACCUCCUCAGGGUCCACCGUGACCACGUCUGGGACCUCAACGACCUCAGGGACCACCACAGCCACCCCUGAGACCACCCCAACCACCCCAGGGACCUCCACGACCACCCCAGGGACCACCACGAUGACAUCAGUGUCCAACCCAACCAUCCCAGGGACCUCCACAACCACCCUGGGGUCCUCCACAACUUCAGGGACCACCACGACCAUUCCUACAACCACCCCAAGCACCUCAGGGACCUCCACGACCACCUCAGAGUCCAUCACGACCACCUCGGGGACACCCACGGCCACCACAGGGACCUCCACGACCUCAGUGACCACCACGAGCUCCUCAGGCUCCACCACGGCCAUCCCAGGGACCUCCACAGCCACCUUGGAGACCUCCACAACCACCUCAGGGUCUACCACGACCACCCCAGGGACCACCACGACCUCAGGGACCACCCUGACCACCACAGAGACCACCCCGAGCACCCCAGGGACACCCACGGCCACCCCGGUGACCACCAGCACAACCUCAGGGUCCUCCACGACCUCAGCGGCCUCCACGACCACGCCAGGGACCAACCCAACCUCCUCAGGGUCCACCGUGACCACGUCUGGGACCUCAACGACCUCAGGGACCACCACGGCCACCCCUGAGACCACCCCAACCUCCUCAGAGACCUCCACGGCCAUCACAGGGAGCUCCACGACCGUGCCAGGGACCACCAUGACCCCAGGGACCUCCACGGCCACCCCAGGGACCAGCCCAACGACCUCAUGGACCACCUCAACCUCCUCAGGGACCUCCAUGACUCCACCACUGACUUCCACAACCUCAUGGACCACCACGACCACCACAGUGCCCACCACGACCGUCGCAGAGGUGACACCAACCUCCUCAGAGACCUCCACGGCCAUCACAGGGAGCUCCACGACCUCCACAGAGACCACCCCGAGCACCCCAGGGACACCCACGACCACCCCGGUGACCACCACCACCGUCCCAGGGACCUCCACGACCUCAGGGACCACCACGACCACCCCUGAGACCACCACCACCUCGUGGCCCACCACAACCUCCCCAUGGACCACCACGAGCACCUCAGGGACCUCCACGACCUUCCCAGAGCCCACCACCACCACCUCAUGGGCCACCACCACCACCCCUGAGACCACCUCAGGGAGCUCCACAACUUCUCCAGAGCCCACCACGACCUCUCCUAAGACCACCACCACCACCUCAGUGUCCACCACAACCAUCCCUGAGGCCACCACAACGUCAUGGCCCACCACCACCACCACCUCAGGGACCACCAUGACCACCUCAGGGACCUCCACGACGACCUCAGGGCCCACCACAACCACCUCAUGGACCUCCACGACCUCAGGGCCCACCACCACCACCUCAGUGUCCACCACCACCACCUCAGGGAGCUCCACAAGCUUGAGGAGCACCACGACCACACCAGAGACCCCCACGACCUCAGUGACCACCACCACCACGACGACCAUCCCCGAGGCCACCACGACCUCCUCCUCCUCUGGGCCCACCGUGACCUCCUCAGGGACCACCACCCCACCACCAGUGACCAUCACGACCUCAAGGCCCACCACAACCUCCCCAUGGACCACCACGAGCACCUCAGGGACCUCCACGACCACCCCAGAGACCACCACCACCACCUCAGGGAGCUCCACGACCUCCAUAGGCUCCACCACCACCGUCCCGGGGACCUCCACCACCACCUCAGGGACCACCACGACCACCCCUGAGACCACCACCACCACCACCACCUCAGGGAGCUCCACAGCCUCACCCGUGCCCACCACAACCUCAGGAUCCACCACCACCACCGCCACCACCUCAUGGCCCACCACAACCUCCCCAUGGACCACCACGAGCACCUCAGGGACCUCCACGACCUUCCCAGAGCCCACCACCACCACCUCAUGGGCCACCACCACCACCCCUGAGACCACCUCAGGGAGCUCCACAACUUCUCCAGAGCCCACCACGACCUCUCCUAAGACCACCACCACCACCUCAGUGUCCACCACAACCAUCCCUGAGGCCACCACAACGUCAUGGCCCACCACCACCACCACCUCAGGGACCACCACCACCACCUCAGUGUCCACCAUGACCACCUCAGGGACCUCCACAAUCACCUCAGGGACCUCCACGACCACAUCAGAGACCACCACAACCACCUCAAGGACACCCACAACGACCUCAGGGCCCACCACAACCACCUCAUGGACCACCCCGACCACCUCAGAGCCCACCACAACCACUUCAGGGACCUCCACGACCUCAGGGACCACCACCACCACCUCAGUGUCCACCACGACCACCUCAGGGAGCUCCACAAGCUUGAGGAGCACCACGACCACACCAGAGACCCCCACGACCUCAGUGACCACCACCACCACCACGACGACCAUCCCCGAGGCCACCACGACCUCCUCCACCUCAGGCACCUCCACGACCACCCCUGAGGCCACCACAACCUCCUCUGUGCCCACCGUGACCUCCUCAGGGACCACCACCCCACCACCAGUGACCACCACGACCUCAAAUCCCACCACAACCUCCCCAUGGACCACCCCGAGCACCUCAGGGACCUCCACGACCACCCCUGAGACCACCACAUCCAUCUCAGGGACCUCCACGACCUCCAUAGGCUCCACCACCACCGUCCCGGGGACCUCCACCACCACCUCAGGGACCACCACGACCACCCCAGGGAUCUCCACGACUUCCCCAGUGACCACCACGACCUCAGGGACCACCCCGACCACCCCUGAGACCACCACCACCACCACCCCAGGGACCUCCACGACCUCAGUGGCCACCACCACGACCACCCCUGAGACCACCACCACCUCAUGGCCCACCACGACCACCCCAUGGACCACCACGAGCACCUCAGGGACCUCCACGACCACACCAGAGCCCACCACCACCACCUCAUGGGCCACCACCACCACCCCUGAGACCACCUCAGGGAGCUCCACAACUUCUCCAGAGCCCACCACCACCUCUCCUAAGACCACCACCACCACCUCAGUGUCCACCACAACCAUCCCUGAGGCCACCACAACGUCAUGGCCCACCACCACCACCACCUCAGGGACCACCACCACCACCUCAGUGUCCACCACGAUCACCUCAGGGACCUCCACGACCUCAGGGACCACCACCACCACGACGACCAUCCCCGAGGCCACCACGACCUCCUCAUGGCCCACCACGACCUCCUCGUGGAACACCACGAGCACCUCAGGGACCUCCACAACCUCAGGGACCUCCACAACCUCCUCAGGGACCUCCACGACCACAUCAGAGACCACCACAACCACCUCAAGGACACCCACAACGACCUCAGGGCCCACCACAACCACUUCAGGGACCUCCACGACCUCAGGGACCUCCACAACCUCCUCAGAGCCCACCACAACCACCUCGGGGACAACCACGACCACCCCAGAGACCACCACGACCUCAUGGCCCACCACAACCUCCUCAUGGACCACCCCGACCACCUCGUGGACCCCCUCAACCACCUCAGGUACCUCCACAACCUCCACAACCUCCUCAGGGCCCACCACCAUCACCUCAGGGACCACCACGACCUCACGGCCCACCACAACCUCCUCAUGGACCACCACGACCACCCCAGAGACCACCACGACCUCAUGGCCCACCACGACCUCCUCAUGGACCACCACGACCACCUCAGGGACCUCCACGGCCUUCCCAGAUCCCACCACGACCUCAUGGCCCACCACCGUGCUGACCUCCACCGCAGCUCCUCCUCCUCCACCAGGUGAGUCCUCCACCAGGUGA